AUGCCUACGUCAUCUUGGACCCAGAGAGAGCCCAUGGGCCCUAGACCACGCCGAGCCCAGUGCUACGCUCGGACCCAGUCCUGGCCCACGAUUGGUUCACAACUUGUGCCGUCCGACUAUUCAUAUUUAUCUUAGCAAAUUUUAUUUAUUUAAUUAAUUGCAAACGAACGUAGAAAAAGAAAAAAAUGGAGGUAAUGAUUAGCGAAGCAGACGUAGCCGGCCUGGGAUGCGUGGCUUCUCCUGAUUGGUUAUGAGCCCAAUUUUCUACGUGGUAACCUCUCCAUCUCUCUCACUCUCUCUCUUGCCUCGUUCUUGUCCGUACUACACAGCGAGACCGCCGGGCUUAUUACAGAUGAUCGUUUAUUUUCGAAUAGAAAGUAGUCAAAUAAUUGGAGGGUGGGAUCGUGUGGUCGCCGUCCACACACCCCUGAUAACAAUAAUUCAGGAAGAGAGAGAAACUAGUCCAAGGGACUGACCUUGACUAAUGAGGGUAAGGUCAACGUGAUGGUGCCCGUCAUCCCCCAUUUAGUGGCCGCCAUCUGCCCUUCACUUGCCGCCCUUGGCGUGCCUCCUGCAGAAGGCCUUCAGACGGAGAAGACCAUCCUCCAGGGAAGACGGCUCGACGGCGAACGUGAUUCGAAGCCAGUUCGGCAGCCCCACGGUGCUCCCUGCACAUUUUUGGAUGUCCACUCAGGUGUUUGAUACAGAUCACUGCAAGGCAAUUUUUUUUUUGGUGUGUUCUUGUUUCAAUUCUUGGGUGUUCUUGAAUUCUUUUUUCUCUGACAAAUGGUCAACGUCAUCUGGGUUCGAAUCCUACUGAAAGGUCCACAAGAGAUCAGACCUGGUAAAAUAAUCAGAGACUCUUCUUUGGCCAGCUUGCAGCAGAAGUCAACGUCGUCGGUGAUAUCUUGGAGACGGGAUAAGUCCAGUUCCACCUGCAUUGAAGAGCGCAGCAUUUCAGAGGACGAUCCUUUGAGAAACAGCGGCUCUGGAUCGGGCCUCACCAACAUAAACAUGGAUCCCUCUGCUUUGUGCCGGCAAUGGAAGCAGCCCAUCUCCUGUACUCUGUCGUAGCACAUGCUCCCCAUUUGCCUCAGCAAGGAUAUCAUCUUGUCGAAGAAAUCUUGAGUCGUGUUCUUGAUGAUUUCAGGAAUCGCCCCCUGAUGCAGAGACCAAGGCUUAUAUCUCGGUGAGUAUUAGAAAUGCAGAGAAAAUGCAGAGAUUUCAUGAGGGAAUGGGCUCCGACCUGGAUAAAAGUCACGGGCUCUGAAGUGAUGCUGAGGUAUUCAUUGAUGUACUUGACGAUCUUCAAACGAGACAGACAGCGGAAGAACAGCCAGAGUUAGAAUCUGAUCGAUCCGCCGGAGAAAUCUAAGCAAAUAUUACAACAUGAAAGUGAUGAUAUAUCGAUAUAAUCCAAUAUUUGCCAUAAAAAAAGUUUAUACAGAUUGGGACGUGAUCAUGGUGUUCAUGGUUGAUUCCGCAGUUUUUAGUAGAUCACAGAAAGAUGCAGCAGCCACCCAUAAAUCGCCCCGCAAUUCACUGAUUUUUUUCUCAUUCCAACUGCGCAUGAUGGGUUCCUUGGGAUGAUCAGCAUCCAGAUGACAUCCCAUUUUGAUCAUACAAAUAUGCAUGGAAAUGCUCGCAUUGCUGAUAAUCAUGGAUGCGAUUGCUGUGAAGUACCUGCGCGUCCUUGAGAAUACCGUCUGGAUCACAGGCAGCAAUCCACCCCAGCCGCCAACCAGGCACCGCCCAUCUCUUUGAGAUAGAUCCAAUUGUGAGGACAGGAACUACGGACCCGAAGACUCCCAUCGGCACAAAGGGAUUAUUCCCAAACACCAGAUGGCCGUACACCUCGUCGGCUAUGAUCAUGAUUCCAAGCUUUCUCGCCGUCUCUGCGACCUGAAAUGGGGGAAACGAGGAUUGACCUGGACAGAAGAAGAAGAAGAAGAAGAAGAAGAAGAAGAAGAAGAAGAAGAAGAAGAAGAAGAAGAAGAAGAAGAAGAAGAAGAAGAAGAAGAAGAAGAAGAAGAUCUACCGGUGUAAAUCACAGACCUUCUCCAGAUGGCCAUAG